UCUCUCACAUAAACUUUUAGGCCUCUAUCUGCUUCUAUAUAACCCUACUCUCUUUUCUUCAUCUAUCUACAACACAGAAAGAGCAACCCUUUCACUGCUUUCCUUCAAUUAUUUCCCACUUCCUUUUGCCUUCAAAAUUUCCUUGGGAUUCCUAUGGCUACUGCUGAGGUUGCAUCAGUUCAAACUGCACUUCAUGAGGAGAAAACUGAAGAAUCAGUGAAGGAUCAAGAAGCUACAACAGAUGAAGUAGUUGCCGAAGCUCCAGCAGCGGAACCAGUUGCCGAAGAGCCAAAGGAAGCGGAGCCUGCGGCGGCGGUAGUCGAGGAACCUGAAGCCUCAGUUGAAGUUGAAACCAAGGAGGUGGUAGAAGAACCAAAGGCUGUUACUGAGGAGCCAGUAGUAGAGGAGGCUCCUAAGGAAACAGUGCCAGAACCAGUUGCCGAGGAGAUCAAGGAAACCACUGAACAAACCGUUGAAACCAAAGAAAUUACAGAGUCUAGUGAGGCAGCAGCAGAAGCACCCAAAGAGGAAGUUAAGAAGGAAGAAGAAGCAAAACCAGCUGAAGUGGAGGAGAAAGUUGAAACAGAAGCUGAUCCAGCAGAGAAGACUGAGUAAAUAAUGAAGCUUUUGUGAUGAAAAUGCGGGUGUCAAUGGAAGUGUGUUCCAAGUGGCUACAGUUUGAUAAGUUUGCAUGUCAAGUCAACUAGUUUUCUUCUAUGUAGGUCAAUAAGGAUGUAGUAAUGUGGCUGAUGGAGGCCCACCGAUAGUAGUCCUGCAAUGUGGCUAGGUUAACAUGCAUUUGCAUAUGUCAAAGAGUGACAUACUUCAAGUUCCAUUGUGGGGGAAUUUUUAUGGGUCAUCUGUUAUCUGUAAAGGGAUGGGUUUCUUGGGUCCCAAACCACCUUUCUUUGCUUAUGUUUAUUGUUUUGCUUGUAUGGUUAUUAGGAGAGGCUGUAUCAAGUAUGCAUGUUGUCUUGGUUAUAAUAAAUCUUAGUCCUUUUGUUUAA